GGCCCAUGGUGUGUAACGAUGUUGAAUGGCAUUACAGGGGUGAAGGGAAUUGUGCACUUGUAGUUGCUGAUCCCCAGAAUCGGAAGGUGUAUCGACUGGUUAAGAAAUAUUUCACCCAGAGACUCAAUCAAGGUUCAUGCCAAGACACCUUUGUUUCAAAACGUGAACUAAUAGAUGCUGCAUUGAGACACAUCGUGGACUACGUACGCAAUGUCAUGCAGCCAUUGCUAUAUUCAAAAUACGUUGACUCACCUGAAAUGACAGUCAUCGAAGAUAUUUUUGUGAAGAAAGUUCAGCCAGCUGUGUCUGAUUCGAGACCAGUGCAUCGUCGUAACACUAGUCCAGAUACACUUGACGGUGUAGCUCGGUCAGCCUUAGUUCUACCAGAUGUUUGUUUCAUCUCGCAGACACCGGAGAUACUAGAGUGCAACAAGGAGCAUGACGUCACUACAAUCAGCAUUGAGAUUAAGCCCAAAAAGGCUUUACUGCCUCACUACCAGCUGCAGGAUGGAGGGUCCCCGGUGAAAAGACAAGUGUGUAAAUUCUGUAUGCACCAGAAGCUGAAGGUCAAAGAAUACAAGUGGCCGCAAACAAGCCAGUACUGUCCCUUGGAUCUCUUUUCUGGGAACCGUGCCCGAAUGCUGCAUGCGUUGCUCUGCCUUAUUAAGACUCCACAGAAUAAUCUGAAGAUCUGCCAGAAUGGAACUGAGGUGUACGGGGCUGGUGCUAUGCGAGAUCUUGGUGCUGUUUUGAAAGAUUUCUUUGGAGAUUCUGGUCAAUGCAAGAACAGCCAUGUUUUGAUGUUCCUCGAUCUAGUUAUAGAGAUUUUAUUGUCUACUCAGCAAAACGACAACCUACUCGAAUCAACAAUGCUCAAGAAAAAAUGCUACAACUCUAGCUUUGUGUCAAGAAAUGGAGAAAGUCUGACGGGGGUGUUGCCACCGGGCUGUGUCUUGGAGCGGAUAUUCACGGUACAGGCGAUGGAUCACCUCCACAUUCAGAACAUCUUGCCACUUUACCAGAAGAUACUGACCCACCUAGAACACCAUCCGGAAGACAGAUUGAAAUGGGGUCUGGAUGGACCAUACACGAGAGAACUGUGGCCCACCAGCACGGACAGCAAGAGAGACUUGUGUCCAUCAAGUAUAGAGUACGCUGUCGAUAAGGUCAAGAGGUUCCUCAUAUCUAAGACUGUUCAAGACUGCUCAGUAAUUGUGGCCAUUCAGCCGUGCAGGAAAGGGAUAUCCAAAGAGAACUCCACCAUCUCCAUGAACAGCCAGUGUUUUUCGUACUCCAUUGCACUGGUCGACCUUGACCCUAAACCCUUUGAUAAAAUCCAGUCCUACUAUCUACAGGACCUGAAAAUCACAAAGGCGUUUCAAGAAACGUUUGAUUUGUCAACUGAUGGAAAUGAGUCCAGCGAUUUAUGAACUGGUCCUUGGUGGUUUGUCACUUGGUUUCUAGACUGGUGUUCUUCUUAGUGCUAUUUAUUGCUAACUAUCAAAAGACAGGAUAUUCUGGCACCAUUUCUUUUGCUUUUUUGUACACCUACUUAUGUAACUAUUUAUUUAUGUUAUAUUUAAUGUGUGAUACUUGAACUUAAUUUCUCGAUAUUUAUUAACAAUAAAAAAAUACUGGUAUAUAAACAAGUUUUAAUAUAGAAUUAACAAAUGUUUUGAUUGGAGGGAAGGUAAUCUGAAAAAGCUGCAUCCCAUAGCUUACAACUAUUUUUUAAUUUGAAUGACAUGAUGAUUCAGAUAACAUCACAUUGCAUCAGGGGUGGGGAAAAGCCCUUUUCUCCCGGUCUGGGACCGAUUCUCGAUCUCUGAGACCGAAAGUAUAUUUUAAAAACGUGUCA